AUGCAGACUAUUAAAUGCGUUAUAGUUGGUGACGGAACUGUUGGUAAAACAUGUAUGUUAAUCACAUAUGCAACAAAUAAAUUUCCAACUGAAUAUGUUCCAACAGUAUUUGAUAACUAUGCAGUUACAAUAACUAUUGAUGGUCAACCAAAUACUUUAGGUUUAUUUGAUACAGCUGGUCAAGAAGAAUUCGAUCGUCUUCGCCCAUUGAGUUAUCAAUCGACCGAUAUAUUUUUAGUAUGUUUUAGUGUUAUUUCACAAUCAUCAUAUGAAAAUGUGCGAGAAAAAUGGGCACCUGAAGUAUCACACUAUUGUCCAAAAACACCAUUUUUACUUGUUGGAACUCAAGUUGAUCUACGAGAUGAUCCAGCAGCUCUUGCUAAAUUACAAAAAACAAAUGAAAAACCAUAUACACAAAAACAAGGUGAAAAACUCGCUCAAGCUAUUAAAGCUGUUAAAUAUGUUGAAUGUAGUGCACUUACACAACAUGGAUUAAAAAAUGUUUUCGAUGAAGCGAUAUUAACAACACUUAAAAAUAAGAAACAACGUCACAUUCCUAAAGAACGUAAAUGCAUACUUCUGUGA